AACCGGUAGAGGGCAGUAGAAAAAUGUAACAUGGUUUGGAGCAUCGACGUGUUUUGAUCAGCUGACGACGACAGCACGUUCACAGUGGAGCUAGCUAGCAAUGUAAACAAUCAUUCUGCAACUCACAGGCACCUGAGUGUGUGUAUGGYUGUGAUUUGAAUGUAACUGAAGGAGUGGGACGGUUGUUAGAUUUUUGUUUUAUGUCGGCCCCUUUCCUGAAAUUGAAAUWUUUUUGGUUUCAAUACCCUGAACAGUAGGUGGCGGCAAUACACCAAUAGGUGUAGUCUGUCAAUACAACUUUGAAGAAGAAGAAUCAUUCUGCAUAUUCGGCAGUAUUUAUACAUGAAUGACGUGCACUUUGCAGCAGUGAAGGGGUCCACAGCAACUUUGAUGCAACUGUGAACAUCAUCAUCAUGGCUUCGAGCUUCACCCCACCGAAACUGGCUGAUUUCAUUCUCACUGAGAGGCUGGGCAGUGGCACCUAUGCGACAGUUUACAAAGCCUACAGAAAGGGGGACAACCGGGAGGUGGUGGCAGUGAAGGUGGUUGGGAAGAAGAGUCUGAACAAGGUGUCUAUGGAGAACCUGCUGACUGAGAUAGAGAUCCUGAAAACUGUUCGCCACCCUCACAUUGUUCAGCUGAAGGACUURCAGUGGGACAGUGAYAACAUCUAUCUGAUCCUGGAGUGGUGUUCUGGUGGGGACCUGUCCCGUUUCAUCCACAGUAGGCGCUUGCUACCUGAGAGGGUGGCUCGGCUCUUCCUGCAGCAGAUAGCCUGCGCUCUUCAGUUUCUCCAUAAUCAUAACAUCUCCCAUCUGGACCUGAAACCCCAGAACAUUCUGCUCAGUGGUUCUGUCCUUAAACUAGCAGAUUUUGGCUUUGCGAGUUACAUGUCUCCGUGGGAUGAGCAGAGUGCUCUGAGGGGCUCUCCUCUCUACAUGGCCCCUGAGAUGGUGUGUCGACGGCAGUAUGACUCKAGGGUCGACCUCUGGUCUGUGGGAGUCAUCCUGUAUGAGACACUAUUUGGCCGAGCACCAUUUGCCUCCAGAUCCUAUGCUGAACUGGAGGAGAAGAUCCGCAGUGACAAGCUCAUCGAGCUGCCUGCAGGGGCCAGAGUGUCCAGGAACUGCAGGGACUUACUGCUGCGGCUGCUGGACAGGGACCCUGACACCCGCCUCACCUUCACUCAGUUAUUCUCCCACCCCUGGGUGGACCUCGAGCACAUGCCCAACGAAGAGAGCCUGGGGAAAGCGAAGGAUCUGGUCCUGAAAGCUGUUCAGAAGGACCAGGAGGGUGAUAGAUCAGCUGCCCUGUCUCUGUACUGCAGCGCACUGGAGCACUUUGUCCCUGCCAUUCACUAUGAAACAGACAGACUGCGUAAAGAUGCCCUCAGGAAAAAGGUUAGUCAGUACGUGUCCAGGGCAGAGGGMCUGAAAGCUCUGGUGUCUGCAGACAACAGCCUCUGCUUUGAGCAGUUCAAGUCCACCAGAGACAUCCUGAGAGAGAUGUCCCGUGACCAACCACGGGUGCUGGCUGCUCUGGAGCUGGCAUCUACAGCCAUCGCCAUGGAGGAGAAUGGGAUAGAGGACCAUGAUACACUGGCUCUGUACCAGCAGAGUCUGGGAGAACUACUGCUAGCCCUGGCAGCUGAAGCCCAGGGGCGCCGGAGAGAGCUGCUCCAUGGUGAGAUCAAGAGCCUAAUGACCCGAGCUGAAUACCUCAAGAAAGAUCAAGGUAGGAAUAGCGAUGACUUGACUUUAGUAGAUAAUAAACCUAUGCUGGAGAACCAAAAAGACGUGUCAAUGGAUAGAGAGCCCUAUCAGAAUCUCAUGCUGUGUGCAGUGAGCCAGCCUGGCAGUAGGAACCAGAGAGAGGGCCAUCGUGCCUGCGGAGCACCAGACCUCCUGAACCUCUACGGGUCAGGCUAA